AUGAGAAUAACUACUUGGAAUGUCAGGGGACUCUCUGCCCCUGACAAAAGUCGCUUAGUCAAACGUGCUUUGAUUAGACUAUUGAGCGAAAUUAUCAUGUUGCAGGAGACCAAGCUAAACAUGGAUAAAGCAUCAAAAUCUAUUCUUUCGUGUAAAAAUUGGGAUGGUUUUUUUCAAGAAGCCAAUGGUUUUGUGGGUGGAUUGGCUAUUCUAUGGGAUCCUGACAAAGUUUCCAUUAAAUUGAUUCAGAAAUCUGAGAAUUGGAUUUUUUGUUGGGUCAAAUUUUUAAUAGAAGAUGUCGAAUUCCCAUUGUGUAAUGUAUAUGGGCCUACCAAAACAGAAGACAAACUCAAAGUAUGGACUGAACUAUCAGAGCUAAGCAAAAUUUCAGAUUGGAAGAAAGUGUUGGUGGCGGAGGAUUUCAACGCAUUGCUAGAUAUUGAUGAAAAGAAGGGUGGUUUAAGAAUGACCAAUCGAGUUAUGCAAGAUUUCAGGGAAUUUGUGUCAAACAACAAUCUUUUUGACGUGGUUCCGAAAAAUGGUUGUUUUACUUGGACCAAUAGAAGAGCAAAGUUUGCAAGCAUUUCGGACAGGCUUGACAGGACAUUUGUUGGUCCGUUUUGGGUGGAAUCUUCUUUUAAUUUGGAGUCAUGUAUCCUUCCUUUUUCCCUCUCAGAUCACUUUCCGAUAGAGAUUUGCAUCAAUGACUCUCAAGUCAAGGUCAAAGGGAAUUUCAAGUUUUUAAGCAUGUGGUGGAGGGAUGUUAAUUUUUUCAAAAAUUUAGAGGAGUGGUGGCUGGAGAGUAACAUCUUUGUCGGUACACCUAGCUUUUGUUUUUCGCAGAGGAUGAAGUUUACCAAAGACAAAAUUAAACUGUGGAAUGUGGCUUCUUUCAAAAACAUUUUUUCUGAGAAAAUUAGAAUAGAGGAGGAGCUUGAUUGUCUGAAUAGUUUUAUCAUGGUCAAUGGCAUGUCGGAAGCUUAUUUCUUAAAGGAAAAAAAGCUAAAAAUUGAUCUUGCUGAAAUUUUUCUUCGAGAGGAAAUAUAUUGGCAAGAAAAAUCUAGGGAAUUGUGGAUUAAUGUAGGAGAUUCGAACAGUAAGUUCUUUCAUGCUUCGGUAAAGGCCAAAAGAGGUAAAAACAGAAUUGACUCCAUUAAUAAUUCGAUAGGGAUGCAAAACUCAAAGCCAGAGGAGAUUGAGGAAAUUGCAGUCGAAUAUUUCAAACAAAUUUUGGGAUCAGAGGAUGAUCAGAUUCACGGUGGUUUUUCAAAUUUAUUGGAGGUUAUUUAUAAAGAAGUAACUCCAGAGGACAAUGAAUAUUUGAUGCGCCCCUUCACAAUCAAAGAAAUCAAGGAAGCCACGUUUAUGCUUCAUCCCCACAAGGCUCCAGGGCCAGAUGGGAUGACCAUGAAAUUCUUUUAG